UCUAGGCUCUCGCAUUCGUUGUAAGCAGUCAAAUUUAAUAUUACACUCGUUCGUUGGUUCGUUUCAAUGUUCAUUCUUGUUGGCAAUUGAUUGAUUGUGUCGAUUCGAUGGCUCUUGUAUUUCUUCUUCUCUCUUCAUUUUCCAUAGUUGACGUCGUUGCUGUCGAUUUGAAUGCAUUUCAAUGGAGCAGCGAGAGAAAAAAAACAUGUGUAGUGUAACUAAUACUCGAAUUAAAGCGAUUUAAAGUGGUAAUUCUCGCGCUUUUUGGAGAGCGAGUGAAAAACACCGUAGGUUUUACUUGGAAAAUGUUUCGGUAGCAUUUUGUUUCGAUUUUUUUUCUACUAUUCAUUUCGUCGAUUUAAUUAAGUAUUAGAAAUAUUUAAAUCUCAUGCAUUCGGCUUAAGCACCACCUUUAUGCAAAAUUACACUAAUUACAUUUUUUUUCGCGGCGUCGGAUUCGAUUUUUCCGUAACGAAAAUGAAAAAAAGCCGCUCAAGAUGAAAAAUGGCCACAUUUUGAAAUGGAUUUGGUUUUUGAUUCAUUAAACAAAAAACUGAACAUUUUUUAUUCAUCUGUGAUUAGGACUUCUUAGGAGUGCGGCCAUUGUGAUUUCCAAAUGUGGCUGUUGCGAUGUGAAACCCACCCAUCUGCAAGACAGACAACAAUUGCACAUUCUCAAUCGGAGACAAUCGGAGAUCUCUCUCUCUCUCUCUCUCUCUCUCUGAGCCGCGAAUAGUUUAACAUUUAAAUUACAUUCGUUUUAUUUUGUCGAAAAAAAGUCACCGUUGUUAUUUCUUCCAUUGGAAACUUUUGAUUUGAAUCUGAUAUGACAGGCUGCCUCAAGGUGAAUAAACCCGUAAAUGCAGUGACGCUGCUGAGAUGCAAUAAUUCAUUCACUAUCUCUCCUACAACUAGUCUAGCUAAAUGGAACUUUGCUCUCGCGCUCGCGCGCGUUCACAUUUAAACAAGUGCAAUGCAGCAGACGAACUGAAAAAAAACCAACAAUUAUUUAAUUGAAUUAAAUUGAAUGCAUUCAUAAUUACUGGGAUUUCGAUGUGAAAACGGUAACUCAUUGCUUGAGACGUAGAAAAAAAAACCGUUUGUACAAACAAACUGACAAUUGAAAACAUUCAGUAAUAAACUAGAAGGAAAAAUAAAAUAAACAAAACUUGCACAAUGAUUCAUAAAAGUCAAAAACUUAAUUUAGCUUUUGUUACGGUUGCAAUUUGUUUUUUUCCUUGCAUUUUUUCCGACCGUCUGGUUUAUUAGACACUGCCACCCCUCUGACUUGAGAUUUAUCUUGGCAGUCUCUUGUAUUUAGACAAAACAAACCGAAAUUAAUGGAAAUCGUUUGUGCGCACAGCACACAGGCGAAUGUUGAAAAUUAUGAUUCGAACAAUGGCUGCAAUGAGUGAUGGGAACUCUUUUCGAAAUUGAAAGUGCAUUAUUUCGAAUUCUGUAAUGAUGCACAUCGUAAAAUCGGGUGGGUGCACCCAAAAUUGAACAAAUGAAUUCAUUUGUUCAUGUCAAAAUGACGAAUGUUUGAGGUAAGAGUUUUUUUUUCUUCCCAAAUAGAAAUAGACGAGGAGAGCCGACGUUAAAGGUUACUUUUCAAGAGGUAUCAUGGACAGUGACUGAAAUAAAAUCGCGUGUAGUCCAUUGGAGACGCGCAAAUUAGUGUGGGAUCACGCAAUAUUUAAUCAUUUAGAUGAAAGAAAGAAGAAAAAAAACGAACACCUCCAACACAGUAAGAAACGGCGUGAAAUAUAGAAAAUCAUAACCUAAUGGAUUGCAACAUGAAAUUGCUCCAUUUUUUUUUGUUCACUCUCCCGCAUUAAUCUGUGGCAUGGAAUAUUGUGCAAAUGUCAUUAAAAAUUACUCAGUUUCAAGAACACACAAAUUGUCGUCAGCGACACACCGAAAAGAGGCUCUUUCAAGUGUUUCGAUCGAAUAUGUGAGCAGAGUAAUUAACCUCAACCUCACUCUCUCGACUUCGAAUUCAAUCAGGCAUUGCGUGUGUGUAUGUGUGGCGCUCAAACUGCUCAAACAAUGGACGGUUUUUAUCCACUCAUUUCAAGUUGUAUCGUGUGCCAUAUGGCCGCUAGUCGACGCCUGUACCGUGUCAUGUCGUGUGGUGUUGUUGCUCUUCAAAUCAUCAAGAAAAUUACCCAAGCACUAUAAUGUCUGGAGGCGAAUCAUAUGAAACCGAUCACACAUACAGCGCUGGCGAUUUUUCUAAUAAUCGAAUGCAGUUGCCUACAUAAUGUGCUAUCGAGGAAGUUAAUAUCGUCAACGAUACGAAUGGUGAGCAGCACAGAAUCGCCGUUAGCUCCAACAUAUAACAGUCAAUUUAAUUUAAAUGCAACAACCAGCGAAAAAACAUCAACAGAGGUGAAUAGUACGCCACCAAAAACGAUGACUCGAUUGGUAGGUGGUCACUUGCAUCAUUCUGUGUAUCGAAAAGAGGAGAAUAAUUUUUCAUCACAAUCACCGAGUCGUUUAUCAAAGCUGUACUUUAGACGAAAACCAUCAUGGCAAACUGUAUCAACGACUGCAAUGCCCACGCUGUAUGGAUCCACACAGCCUACGACGGCAUCAAGCGUAGCUACUAAAUCAAUAUCGACAGUAUCGCCGUCACGGCUGCCGCUGACAACAACAACACCAGCUACCUCAACUAGGGACUAUGUAUCGACAACAAAAGAGCCGGUCUUCAUAGUCGAAGCACAGAAAUAUGAAGAUCCAGAGUACGACGCUAAUCAGGUGAUAAAUUAUGAAAUUAAAAAAGAGCAAUUUGUGGAAUCGAGCGCCGGCGAAGGCAAAGACGAUAGGAAAAAAGAUGAAUCGAAGAAAACGCUGUCGGAUCAAGUGGCCGAGGGAAAAUACGGUUUGAUACAGAAUGAACUAUUUCAAACACCGCCGAAGCGGCCGGGUGUUUUGAGUUAUGCCACCAAUCCGGAGACACCCGGUGACACAGCCGAUAAUUUAGGUGGUUUGAGCAAAGAUGAAAUUUGGCUGUCCGAAGAUCAUUUGCUCGUUUUGAAAGGCGGUAGUUUGAAUGCAGAAACUAGAGAUGAACCAUGGAAACCAAUUGAUGAUUAUCAAGCGCCACCACGUCAAGUCAAAAUACCCGAUAAUCCGCGAGUGCCACCACCCUUUCUCGUGCAAUUGGAGGAAAAUGGGCCGAUUGAGUUUAUCGGAACUAAUCAAUUGCCGCUCGUCAAUCCGUUUACGAAUGAGUCGCUACUUUUAUUCCCCGAAGGCGGUUUCCCGAAAACCGAAACCUACAGUGGCGAUAAAACGUAUCUAUAUGCCCGGCCCGGAGCGACUAAUGAUCCUAAAAAUGUUAACGUACCACCCCCAUCACUUGAAAAUCACCGCAACAACAACUUUACGUUCACUAAUCCAUUCAUAAGUCCCGGGCCGAUACCAUUUCCGCCACCACCACUGUUCGGCAUGCCACCACCAUUCCUGAACGGGUCAUUGGAUGAUGCAAACUUUACCGAUGGAUUCGAUGAAGACGAUCCAUCGUUUUAUUAUCCGCCUCCGUACAGUUUUGUGUACAAGAGUAAUUAUUCGAAUCCAGUUGCGCCUGGACCAUUAGUGCCUGGCAUUAUUUUACCACCACCGCCGAAUUUCUUCGGUCGUUUGGAGGACAGAACGACAACAACAACAACAACAACAACAACAACCAAACCUACGACAACAAGCACACAAAGACCAUACAAACAAGUGCUGCGACCGAUUUACAGACCAACAACCACCACAACUACAACCACAUCAACAGCUUCGUAUCCAUCGGCUCAAACACCAACUGCUAAAACGUUGAAAGCGCAAAAAGUACAAACGGAAGCAUUCCGGCAAAAUGUGUUGAAUCCGACACGAUUGCCAACACCCAGCACAUCACAAAAACCGGUGACACAACUGAAACAGAUCAAUGCACAGGAUAUUCUGUCAUUCGUACCGAAAGAGGCCAUUUCGAAUGAUCCAUUGUCGAGUAACAAAGGGAAACCGAUCUAUUAUGAGUACUUUGACGCUCGUAUCAAAGCCAAUGUAAAGGGUCCCACUUAUAUCGUAACAUCAACGGCGCCGCCACCCACCGUUCGAACUUUGAACCAGCAACAGAAACAGCAAAACACAAGAACGCAGUUGCAUCCAUCAGCGAAACAGCUACGACGACCAUCAAACGCCUAUUUGCCGAUCAAGCCACCGUCUGACUACGAUAAAUACGUGGUCAUCACUCCAAAACCAGAAAGUAAACCCAUUUCAUCGAACACCGUCCAAAUUGGUGAUAGUCAAUCAUACAAAACCAAUUCACCGCCGAAAGCAUUCAAUUCGGAAAUUGAUAAUAUUCGGCACACAAUUGAAUUCUUCAAAAAUCAACAGAAGCAACAACAGCCGGAGAGUGACUCCGGUUUGCCGCGAAAUCCAAAAUCAAAAGCCGUGUUUGAGUAUUCAUUUGAUGCAAAUCCACAGAAAACCAAUAGUAAGUUGUUCCAUCCGCCAACCGAAUUUGACACAUCACCAUUCAAACCGAUGGUCCAGUACAGUUUGCCAUUGAAUUCAGACCAUGGUUUCAAAGCGAUUACUUACACAAGUAUUCCAUCAGCUGCAACUGAGGCGAUAACAACAACAACAACCAUAGCACCGCCACCAUCGUCAACACAUACAAAUCUUCGAUACAUACCAACACUGAAUGAAAAUGUUUCAAAGAAGCCACAAAUUUCAUUCAUUCCAUUCGAUUCGGGCUCAUUGCCACUGAAACCAAAUUCGUUGAAAAGUUCCGAAUAUUCAACAGCAACACCGUUGCCAAUCGUAACCACACCGUUGCCGUUUACAACCGUUCAACCGUGGAUCUCGGUGGAGAAGCAAAUUCUGCGUGAAGUUCGACCGAAAGAGAUAAACGUUCAAAUUCAAUCACAUUCGCCGUCAUCACGUCCUCUAUCGCUUUUAAGAGGCAUCACAGCACCGUAUGAAUCGUCUUAUGUCGAUGCAAAUGCAAACGAUGGCCGAUACCAUCAACAAAUUUAUUAUCCAAUUCAAACACCGUCCACAUACUACCAACAACAGCCGCCGCGUCCUGUAAUGACAGCACAACAGAAUGCCUAUCUGCGACAAAUCGAAGUAAUCAGACAACAAUUACAGCAAUUUCCAAAUCAAUACCAUUAUAAUGCCGCUAAUUAUACGGUUCCAAGUCAAAAUUAUCGCAUUCCACCACAACGGCCGCUACCAGCGGCUCCUCCAAACAAUUUUCUCACAUCUUAUCACGUCGAUGCCAAUCGAUAUCCCCAUUUAUCACAGAUUUUAUCACCAAAUUACAAUAUUCCACCGCAACCACAACCGCAACGAAUACCACAUGCGAUCCAUCCAUUGCAUCGUGAUGUUUUAGUCAACUACAAAUAUCCGUUGCCACCAAUUAAUCCGGAUAGUGAAUUUUUGCCACCCCCGCAUUUAUUACACCCAUUGCCGCCUGCGUUGCCAUCCACACACUCACCGUUCAAUCGAUACGGUCGACUCAUUCGCAAACCACCAACAGUUGUGCAAUACAAAUUGCCAGGCGACGAACACGCCGGUGUCUUCUUUUUAACACCGGCCGAAGAUAAAUUAGGAACGUCAAACAAAAAGUAGAACUUUUGAGUUUGUCAAUAACAAAUUCCUGAUUUUUUUUUAAAUACAUAUCGUGAUAUUUGUGAUGUUUGAGCUCGUGAAGUUUUAUUUCUUCUAAAACUCGAAAAUGACUUGCAUGGAUUGGAUAUUUGUUUAUUUUUUUCAAUCAAACAUCUGAUUGCCUUCGCCGACAGUAGAGUCUGAUACAACAAUAUAGGCUUUGUGUGCUUCGCAAUGAAAUCUUACAAAACACUAUAUAAUAAUAAUCAAUAGUCAAACCCCAUAGUGAAUAGCUAAGCUAGGCCUUAAAUCGUAUUUUAUAAACUACACAAACACAAUAUUAAUCAAAUACAAAAAAAAUUAGAUCUUUUUUUUAGACCGAACAAAAAAAAAAUACAUCCAAUUUCAAUUUAAGUGAUUAAUUUUAUGAAUGAAACAUAUUUUAAGCUAUUUAUUUGCCUGUCUUUUAUCAUUUGAAACAAAAAACGAGAAGGAAAUUAAUCGAUUUGAAGGAAUUUAUUUUGAUGUUUUUAAACAAUUUUGUGUUUGAUGUCCGCUAAAUAAUUUCACAUAUGCUAAUUGUUGAGCUUUGCCACACAAACACACACACACACACACACACACGCAGAGCACGAAUUUAGAUGAAAUUGCACCAGCAAAACAUCCAUUUUUAAUUGCAGUUAAAUGUGAUUUAAUUUAGAUUUUUAUUAGAUUUUUGCUUCGUUUUUUUGUGUGUGUGUAGUUUGGCUUUUAUAUGUGUGUGAAUGUGCUGUGUGCAUGUGUGAUUGAAUACAAUGGGAACAAUAAAUGAAUAAUGCAUGAUGGGGCGUGACAGUAUUUUUUUUUUAAAUUUUAGCCAGAGACUGUGCAAUUUUCAAUUGUGCAUUUGUUAGUUUUGGUAUUCAAAUUACUAAUUAUGAUAAGAAAAUUCGCCAUAAGAUUGUAAUUCCAUGAAAUCAAAAAUAUGUAAAUAAAAAUGCAAACGGAAAUUUAUUGAGAAAAAUGA